AUGUCAAUGAUCUCAGCCGCAAGUAUACACUCCUUAGUCGACGUUUUUGAGGUAUCAAAAUGUGGACCUACUACCCAAAAUGAGACACCAAGUUUAGUUAUCGAGACUAAAGUACCCCUUUGUAAAAAACUAAAAGGUGUCGCGAAAAAUAUUACCGUGGAACCAAUUUUACUUCUUAGUAUGUUGGCACAUGUGGUAUCCGCCCUUACGGUCCAAAAUCUAAUUUUAGAAAAAAGUUGUAGAGUUCAUUUAGUAUUGAGCAAUGCUACUUGCAACACCCUCACCUACAAGAAUAAAUCCGAUCCUGGAUAUCUAGAUUAUGAGAAAAAAGUGCAGGUUGUAGCUACGAGUAUGUUCAUAUGGAGGGAUGCUAUCAUGAGUUUAAUACCAUCAAUGCUCCUACUUUUUAUAGGAUCAUGGAGUGAUCGAUACAAGAAAAGAAAGCAUAUUAUUCUUAACGUUACGUUAGGGGACAUAUUCACAACGCUAUGUUGGCUUAUCUCCACAUUUUAUUUUUGUGAAUUGCCCCUGGAAGUUACUAUUUUAGGAGAAGUUUUACCAGCAGUAGUAACUGGAGGACAACCAGUUGCUUCAAUGGCAUUUUUCAGUUAUAUCAGUGCAGUUAGCAGUGAAAACAGUAGAACAGCACGCAUGGGUCUUGCCCAUGCUGGAGUUACAGUUGUUAUAGGUAUUGGAAACUUAAUCAGUGGUAUCCUGUUCCAUCAAGUACGAUUUUAUGGUGUGUUUGCGAUAUCAUUUAUUCUUUACACAACUGUAUACUUCUACGGUUUAUUCUUCAUCAAGGAUAUUUGGGAAUAUAAAAGGGAUAAUGGAGAAGUACUCGAAAAACCAAGCAAGGAUUUUUUAAACGACUUUUUCGAUAUCAAACAUGUAUAUCAGACGCUUCAAGUCGCUUUUAAAAAAAGAGAAGAUAGAAGAAGAAGAAGGAUCUUCUUGACGUUGCUGCUUACUUUGCUUUCAUUGGGUCCACUGAGAGGAGAAGCAAAUCUAAUUUAUUAUUUUUCCAAAUUAAAAUUUGGUUGGAGCCCUGUGGAUUUCAGUCUAUUCAUUACAUUUCAAUUUGCAGUGUACGUAUCUGGAAGCCUUUUUGGAUUAGUGAUACUACAUAAAUGUUUUAAAGUAGACGAUUGCAUAUUAGGAAUGAUAUGCUGCAUUAGUAAGAUUAUGGCAAAUUGUAUGUAUGCUUUAGGAACUUCGUGCUUCUACAUGAUGAUUGGUGCUACCCUGGACGUCUUUGGAGCUUUAUUUGCUCCAGUUCUUCGAUCGAUUGGUUCAAAGUUGGUAUCGACUGACGAAUUGGGAAAGUUUCACUCUCUCUUUAGUAUCGUAGAAACACUUUCGCCAUUGAUUUUUAGUCCAAUUCACAGUAAAGUUUAUGCAAUGACUAUCAAUAAAAAUCCAGGAUCGUAUUACUUAGUUACUGUGGUUAGUUUGAUACCAACAUUUUUAAUAUUUAUAUUGUUAUAUUGGCAAUCUCAGAGUCGAACCAAAAAACCUGAACACCAACAACAAGACGAGAGUUUAAUACGUUCUACAGAAGCAUGA